GAAAACAACAACAGAGCACACAUUGAAUGCACAAUAUAAAAGUAUAUUUUCGUGCCGAAUUUUGAACACUUACCGUUGGAAGACUGUGUUGUUAAGACAGCGAUAAGAAUUGGUAGAAGAAAGUGAAAGUUAUUAUUUUUAUGAUAAUUCCUACGUCUCGAAAACGAGUUUCGAUAUUGAAUAUACAGAUAUUUGUGAAAUUUGUGAAAAUAUUAUAUUAAAUGAACAGUGAAAUUUCAUAAUUGAAUUUUUAACAAAUUAAAAAAAAAAACAAAGAAAAACUGCAAAACAAUUAAAGUUGUUCAUUAAGAAAAAAAAUACAAAAAAAAACUUCCAAACAAUAAAAUCACAACGAGCGUGAAAAAAUCACCACAAUAAAUUAAACGAAAAAAAAUAAAACAUUUUUAAGAAGUUCAUCAUUUACAAAAUCAAAGUACAAACAUUUCUUAAAAACUGCGCAUAUUUUUGUUUUCUCUUAUCUCUUGUCGUUUUGGAAAAAAAAAUCGCUUGAGUGAAAAAUAUAUUUUGGUACUUUGCCGUCGAUUAUAGAUAUAAUAGAUAUUUAGCUAACGUUAACAUCACAUUCACACACACCAUCACCGACUUGUUUAUGCGAAUAUUGCCAAAUUUUCGAAGUACUAAAAACGAUACUGCGGCACUUUUAUGAACUACGAAUAGCAAUAAAAACUAUUUAGAAUAUUAUUCCAAUUGUCAAGUUCUUUGCCAAAUUGACUAACGAAUUGUUUAAAUCACAAUUGUUGUUGGCGUUGUGGAAAAUUGAAAAAACGCCUACCGCUAAACGCCUAAAAAGAGUUUUUAAAAAACUGCAAUCAAGCACACGUUCACAAUACUUGAAGUCCUCCUAUAGGUUCAUAAGUAAACUGGAGCAGUGUGGCGGCUAAAAUGGGCACUAUUGAGAAACGCUCAUUCUCUUUCCGUUUGCGGCGUUCGAUCGGCGAUGGCGGCAGCACGCACAGCAAGAAUAGCAAUAAUAAUAGCAGCACUUGCACCAACAAUAAUUCAUUGUUGUCGCCCGUGACCAGCGCCAAGCUGGAGCUGCCGAAUUCGAGCGCCUCGGUAAGCCGACGCAGCAGCAUCUAUAAGAAGCCAGACAAGGAUGACAGCGGCAUAAUACAUAUUGUGCCCGACAUUGAAUUGCCAUUGAUGACAUUCGCCGACCAAUAUGAUGUGGAAAAGACACUGGCUGAAGGUUGCUUUGCGCGUAUUUUGCUCACUCAUCAUCGGCCCACCAAUACAACGGUGGUCUUGAAGGCUGUGCAUGCUGAGUUGGCCACACUGAAGGAUUUCCAAAAGGAGUUUCAUCUCAACUAUCAGCUAUCGCAUCACCGCAAUAUACUUAGCGCUUAUAAUGUAGCCUUCCAGACUAAGGAUUACUACGUAUUUGCUAUGGAGCAUGCGCCGUAUGGUGACUUGGCGGCAAAUCUCGGGCCGCAUGGCUUGCAUGAGUCUGCUUGCAAGACCAUCAGCGAACAAUUGAGCUCGGCGCUGGGUUUCAUGCAUUCGAAGAAUUUGGUGCAUCGUGACUUGAAGCUGGAGAAUGUGUUGGUCUUUACGCCGGACUUCUCGCGCGUCAAGCUGUGCGAUUUUGGCACGACCACCAAGAAGGGAUUGCUAGUGCACAAGGUGAAGCACACAUGGACCAGUUGUGUGCCGCCUGAAGUGCUCGAGAUUGUUAAAAAUGAACGCAUCAUUUGCAUGCCAUCCAGCGAUUCGUGGCAGUUCGGCAUAUUGUUGUACAACAUUUUGACGGGCAGUCCACCGUGGAACAUGGCCGAUUGGGUGAAAGAUACACAAUAUUCUAACUUUAUGAAAUACGAACAACGCAAGACGACAAAAAUACCCGAUAGCUUCCGCCGUUUUUCGCCACGUCUAAUGCGUUGCUUCCGCAAGUAUUUAACACACGAUCCAGAGGAUCGCUGCAAAGUAACCGAAGUCACGAAGUACAUGAAGGAUCGUUGGGUUGAAUGCCGUAUAGCGUCUUCAAAAUCGGCGUUGCUCAUCUCACCGAAUCCCGAUCAGGAUUCGUGUAUCUACCUGAAUAAGCGUGAAGGUCGGUUGUCCGGCGACGAUAAUAAGCUGAAGUUGAAGCGUAUGAUGUCCAGUUAUGGUUUGGAUAAUUCCAUCGAUCAGACGGUGGUGCGUAGGCGUGUCAUUGAGUGGCUAUCGACGUGCGACACCAAUUUCGAUUCGGAUCUGGAGAGUCUGGCUGCGCUGGAGGUGGCUAAUUAGAAAGUAGGAGGCGCGUGGAAGGAUACGAGAAGCGCGCUAUAAAUUUGGUUUAAGUUAUUGAAUGCGUUUGUUGCAAGCAUCGCAACAUCAAGAGGCGGGAAAGCGGCUAUUGCAACUCCAUGGCGAUUAUUUCGCUGCGAGACAAGACAUCACAGAUUACAUAGUACAUAGGUGAUCAUCAUCACGAAAGGCGGCAAAAAAUUUAGUGGCCGCAAGAAAUUCAAUACAGGUCAUAUCGACAAUAAGUCAUAUUCGAGUACCAACUGCACACAAGAAUUUACUGUAAUAAUAAACACGAGAGAGAUAGAAGAGAGUCGUAUUCGCGUGAUGCGCUAACUGAUAUAUACUACUUAUAUGAUGUAAUGAUAGAAAAAAAUAAAAAUAAAAAAUAAAAUUUAAAUAAAAUGUAGGCUUAUUUGUAUACAAAACGAAUAAAAGAAAAUAAAAAAAGCACCUGUAAGGUUAAUUUGAAGAAAAAUGUUAAAAUCGUUUGUUUCAACUUAUCUCGAAUAUUUCCACCAUGCAGUAAAAGCUGGUAGCCUACUAUGUGACGUAUUUCAUGCUACAAAAAUCGGAAAAUUUAAUAAUUAAUUGAUAUUUUGGACUCCAGUUUACACAUUUUUGUUCAAUUUUUGGUUAUUAUAUUGUAAAAUGCAGGGCAUUUCACGCUAAAACGCCGCAUAUGAAUAUAAAUAUUUGACGGAAAAAUGAAUGAAAAAUAUAAUCUAGUGAUUCUUUCUUAAAAUUUCCAAUGUUGUAAAAUUUGGGAUACUUUAUGUCAAAAACUGUCAAAAGAAUGACUUGACUUGUUGAAUGCCUAUUAUUGCAUUUCGUUGUUAUAAAAAAUUGUUACG